AUGCAGUUCUCCACCAUCAUCACCCUCCUGGCCUCCGUCGCCGCCGUCCACAGCGCGGCCGUCGCCGAGCCCGAGGUCCGCGCCGUGUCUUCCCUCCUCAAGCGCCAGGGCCUUACUCCCGCCCAAUGCGCCGCCAACAACCUCAGGCACUGCAACAACUCGAACGAGCCUUGCCCCAAUGGCUGCAUCUGCCCUGGUGGAAACCUGCCGGACGGAGGCUGCUGCGCCGGUAGCUGCUAG